GUCGACGUCCAAAAAUUGACUCGCCGCGGUUUGCCAGGUCUAGUGGAACGUAAGUGAUUGUAAAUAACACAGUGAUACUCAAGAGUCUGAAAAAAUGCCACGGCGCGCAAGAGUACACUUUGUAUCACUCAAAUCAUCCCUGGUCAAUCUCCCAAUAUCAGUAUACGGUCCCCUUCUGGAGAGACAGAUCCGUCCGCAAAGCCUUGCUGUCCACUUGAAGCUCGCCGAUGGCGGAGGAAGAGAGGCGUAUGUUGGCUGGACCGGCAUGGCUUCUGCAUCAUCCCUUGCCUCAUUCAACUCUACCGCAGGCGAACGUGGAAUAGAAACGCUAGAGAUAGAUCCACAAUACGCAGCAGGCUUGGGCUUCAAAGAAGGAGAUGUGGUGGAAUUAGGCUUAUUAUACGACCUCCCAUACGCGAAGACAGUGAGCACUGAGCCCCUCAGUGCAGACGACUGGGACGUAGUGGAACUGCAUGCAGCGCACGUCGAAGGCACUCUCCUCUCCCAAGUGCGAGUCGCAAAUGUCGGACAAGAGAUCAAUGUUUGGGUGCUCGGGCGGACGAGAGUACGACUAAGAAUUGUCUCGCUCGACACGUCUGCGACCGCAGCGCUGCUCACAACCGACACCGAGGUCAGCAUUGCUCCCAAGUCGCACAGAAAAUCGAAAACCGAAACCAAAGCCUCAUCUCAAACAAGCUUAGAUCAUGGAACCGUCAUGCCAACGCAGAACAAACCUUCUUAUCCAUCCGAAAUCCUCCGAGCGCUCCCUGCGCGCCUUGUCAACAUCCCUGAAACGAUUACUCUUCGCGAUGCCAAAAUGCGCGCAUACAUCCAUCCUUACACUCUAUCAUUGCUUACGGGGACUCGGUACAUCCCAUUCGACCCAAAUCCUGACCCUCCACGUUCAGGUUGGUGGUGCGCGCAUGCACGUCGGCUGGAGCCACCCAAGGAUCCGACGAACAUCAUGAAGUCUGGUAUUGAAGAUAACGCCAGCAUCAAGCCAAGUGCUGAAACUGAGCAGGAUGCCGAAGCAAAGAUACUGCACCCGGGGUCAAAAAGAGAGUUGGGAGCAAAGGAUGAUGAAGGGAACGGAAAGGACGGGUGGGAAGUGUGGCUGGGAAUCUCUGAUCGCGUUAUGGAGACACAUGUAUUAUUUAUCGGUGAAGUAAAGGGUGGGGUCGGGGACUGGGAUCUCGUUCGGAUAUCGCUCACGGGUGCCCGUGAGCAAGGGCCCGUAAUUAAUGGAAACCUCGAUGAUCCUGCAUCCCCAUCAUCCUUAUCUUCACCUUCAGCUUUGGCGGCGAUCUCCUCAGAAAUAGUGGCAUCCUCUGGAUCAUCACUUCGUUUAUCAGGUGUAUCCAAUAUUCUCGAAGACGUGACAAACACUUGCGUCGCGACCUACGCCGUACAUGCGCGCAAGGAUGUUGUUCGGGGAAUCCCUGGCAUUCUAAUAACAGGCCGUCAGGGAAUGGGCAAGACAUCAGUUGCGAAAGAGAUCGCACGCAGACUGGAAGCAGAUGAGCGCGUGUACGCUUCCAUACAUUAUAUCGACUUCUCCCCGCUCGCAUCCAAGCCCGCUCAAACCCUCGGUGCACUCUUUCGCCACCUCUUUGUGUUAGCACGAUGGCACAGCCCCUCCGUCCUCGUCUUCGACAACCUCGAUAAAGUCUGUGCUGCAGAGGUCGAGCACGCGGAUUCUUUCCGCCAGCGACAUAUAACAGAGCUCUUCCUCAUGCAAUAUAGCUCCAACGCACGCCUUGCACCAUCCAACUUUCGUGGUAUCGUGCUCCUCGCAACAGCAGAGAACCAGACUAGCGUGCACUCGCUACUACAUACGCUGCAUGUCUUCAAGGAUGUCGCUUCCAUUCCUCCGCCGGGGAGAGAGGCACGGAAGGAGAUUCUCGUCAGUCUCGUGUCACUCCGGCUUUCCAUGGCUAAGGAGCCACUGUCAUUCGUUAUCGACGAAUCCGAUCCCCCUGAGUACACUCGACUCGCGGUAGGGACAGAGGGCUAUUCCCCUGUAGACCUGCGAGACCUUGUCACGCGGACCGUACAGGUCGCUGUUGGGCGGGCAGUGUCAGAAGUGGGCGUUGGUGUUGAGAAGGUCACACUUUCGGCGAAAGAUUUUAUAGAAGCCCAAGAGGGAUUUGUGCCUCUCUCGCUGAGGGAUGUUCCUUUACAAAAGUCGGGUGUAGAGUGGGCUGACAUUGGCGGCUUGAAAGAUACCAAGCUCGUAUUGAGGGAGACCUUAGAGUGGCCGACGAAGUAUGCACAAUUGUUCAAGCAGUCUCCGUUGAGGUUGAGAUCUGGGCUACUCUUGUAUGGCUAUCCUGGCUGUGGAAAAACUCUACUUGCGUCAGCCGUUGCGAAAGAGUGCGGAUUGAACUUCAUCAGCAUCAAAGGUCCCGAGCUAUUGAAUAAAUACAUCGGACAGAGUGAAAAAUCAGUGAGAGACAUCUUCGAUCGUGCAUCAGCUGCCAAACCAUGCGUACUCUUUUUCGACGAGUUUGACUCGAUUGCACCAAAGAGAGGACACGACAGCACGGGCGUGACAGACCGUGUGGUAAAUCAGAUGCUAACCCAGAUGGAUGGCGCCGAGGGGCUCGAGGGAGUAUAUGUCCUCGCUGCAACGAGUCGGCCAGACCUCAUCGACUCCGCAUUGCUUCGUCCCGGUCGUCUUGACAAAUCGCUGCUAUGUGAUCUGCCUGGUGUUGAGGACCGAAAAGACAUUUUGGUUGCAGUAUCGCGGAAGCUAAAGCUUGCACCCUCUGUGGACUUUGAUGAACUUGCAAGUAUCACUGAGGGCUUCUCGGGUGCGGACUUACAGGCGCUCGUGUACAACGCGCAUCUGGAGGUAGUGCAUGCUGCUAUAGAUGCUGAGAAGAUGGAUGGUGGUAGUGGAGGUGAUGUCGAGGCAGGCCGGAGGGUGGGAGUGGGGUUGACUGAUGAGGUCCCGGUGAAGUAUGUGGUUCUGGGCGCUGGGAAGGAUGCAGUCAAAGCGGCGUCUAAGGCAGACGAGACGAAAAUGCAGCGACGACUGCAACAAAUCAGGGCGUCGAAAUCUGUGGGGAUGGACGCGGAUAGCAAGGCCAUUGUGACGCCCAAGAAGCACGAGAUCACUCAACAGCAUUUAUUGAAAGUGCUUAAAACGACAAAGCCGUCUGUUUCGCGCGAGGAACAGGCAAGGCUGGGGAGAAUAUAUCGAGAGUUCGUGUCGGAUCGAGGUGGUGGCGAGAAGAAAUUCCCAAUGCCGGGCAGCGAUAGCGGGGUGGGGAGUCGAGCCUCGAUGGGAUGAUGGGCACUGUACUCAGAUGACGAACUUGCAUACCUCAACCUGGGAGAUUGUUCUAACUUUUUCAUGGCAUUAUUUAUUACCUUGAGAUAGCCACAACUCUGGCUUAGUCUUUCGUAUACAGACCGUAUGAUAGAAACGGUUGCAUUAGGCCUUAGGUCCAGGUGUAGGGCUAGACGUCAAGUGUGGGUAAUACUGACUUAGCACCCAGAUUUCUGACAGUUUAUAAAUGUGCUCGUGUGUCACUCAGCUACGUACCUUUUGUUGAGUUCCCGGGCCUGUGCCGGCACAGCCCAUGGUUUCCGGGUCUCGGGACCCCGAAACGAGGCAGCUGUGCUUUAUUCACAACCAACACGAUCUCACAU